CUACUUAUAUCGACCCCGCCUCCUCCGGGUCCUCCUCCUCCCCCCUCCCCAUGGUCAAGCUACUCCUCUCCACGACCAGGGGCAACUCCGGCAACCGCUUCUUUCCCCACCAAGGCUACCUUGGUCUCACCCCCGUCCGCGUCGAAGGCAUCGUACGCACAAAACUCGAAGAGGAUGGCAGGCCAGUACCUGCGAAGUCCCUCUCCAUCUCCAUUCGCUGCUACCAGUCUCGCCUUACCCGUUCCCGCUCUGUCCGCUCUACCCUCGUCGUAGAUCAUACCGACGUCCUCUGGGUCAAACCUCCAAAUAAAGAAUAUGCGGACGUCGGGGAGCUCGAGCUGCCUUUCAAGCUCACUCUGCCAAAGCGGACUCCGGGUUUCAGCACCGCAAAUUAUCAAGACUACCGUGUCUUCUGGCGGCUAGAAGCGAUCCUCGAUCAUGCACCAUUUCCAGCCGUCGGCUCCCGCAUUGUUCGGUACUAUGAUCUCGCCCUUGUCCGCUACGAUCUUCCACCCUCGAUACAUCUCCCAUUGCCCGGACACGCGCUCAAUCACACAACAAACAAGCCUCGUGCACCUGUGGUCCGGUACAAUGUCUUCGCCCCCACCACACCGGUAGGACCCUCUGACAUCAUACACGCAACUCUCCUCCUACAGCCAGUAGACCCGUCAGUUGCUAUCAGAAGCGCCACUGUGUCAAUAGAGCGUCGGAUAGAGCUUCACAACACGCCAGCUGCUCCCACUCCACUUGUCACUGCAGGCAUCAAUCAUGUCGGAGCCGCUUCCCUUUCACCCAUCGCAACCUUCUCGUCCGUUUCCCCUACACCUUCAAUGUAUCCCGACGAAGACGCUCCCACUCCAACAACUUCCCGCUUCAAACGCGGCUCUCGGUCCAAUCCACAGUCGCCGUAUGGACCUGGUCCAUGGGGUUCUAGUCAAUCCGCAUUGGACUCCGUGACGACUGUUUUCUCUAGUUCGUCCACUUUCCCCCUCCUAUCACCGUCCAGUCCGCCACCCUCCCCUUCUCCAUCUUCCGUGUCCGCAUCACCCAUCGUCUCUUCUGUUCCUUCCACUAGCGACGAUAUCCUCAAGACGCUGACUAUGACACUCACAACAGCCGAUGUCACUUCCUUCACAUGCGACUCUUCCGGCGUCUGGGUCAAAUCCGUUGGGCUGCAGUGGCCCGAAAACCGCAGUAAUUCGCGGUGGGCUGUCGGCGAAACUAUGCAGAGUGACUUUGCAUCCGUCCGUUUCUAUCUACGCACGAGAGUCAUCGUUGCUGGACCCAGCGGAUCAGAAACGCUCGACCUUGACGCGCGCGAGAUCACUGUCGUCCCGACGAGCGAAGCCGAUCGGAAGGUUGCUAUGGAGAGGUGGGCAGAGCAGAAGGAGCUCUCGCUUCGAAGCAAAUCGAAGAGCCCAUGGAGAAAGCGCGGCGAGGACGGUUCGGGCGCGGACUCCAAGAUGAACGGCCACGGACUUCCAUCCCCACCUCAGACCCCCGCGCAAUCGAGUGACGGCGGUGACCACCGCCAGUCCACCCACUCCGAGCGCGAUCGCGAGCGCAAAUCGCGUAAGAAGGUACCGAGGAGACCACAUACGUCCGCCGGUCCGAGCGACAAGUCGUCCUUCUCCUUCGCUACGAACGCUGCUGUGGUGUUGGGACGCUCCGAUCGCGACCGCCCAGAACCUCUCUCGCAUACUUCCAGUCGCGACUCGGCGUCUAGCUCGCACAGCGGGAACUCUUCGCACACGCGGAUCAAGGAUUCCGGUCUGGGCGAAAGCAUGCUGAACGCGGACGAGCGGGAAUGGCGGGAAAAGGUGAAGGCAAAAACGUCCGGCCUGGAUUUGAAGCUCGGAGCGCCCGUCGCCGACGUGCGCGCAUGGGAGGAUAUCCUCGCUCACGUCGAGACGCAGUCGCAACGGAACAGUGUGGGCAUUUUGGGGGUGUUGGGCAUGUCGCGCAAGCGGACGGCGAGAUAGUCCCCAGCUUGCCCAGCUCCCCCUCAUCUUUACAUCCGCACAUCGACCUUCGCAUGCACCAGACGACCGGUGUUCGCAGCUUGCUCGUCUGUAUGCCUCCUCGUCAUCGUUUGACACCACGUUCGGCUCCAGUCUACGCUCUCUUUUCUAUAGCGGCUUUCAGGUGAUAUGCUACGCAUCGUCUCGAGCAGUUUCCUCUUCGCUUUCGGUUCAUUGCCCAUUCGUUCCCCAUGUUGUCGUAUACGCCCAUUGUUCUCUCGCGCACGUCUGCACAUAGCAAACCCGUCUCUCACCUCCGUUCCUCGUUGCAUUCGACCUUUGCUUCCUACACAUGCAUCUCAAGCUUGCCACACACACCACUACAUUCUGACUGCACACACAAGCACAUCUAUACCGCAAUACCCGUCGAUAAUAGCAACAACUUGCUCGCUUCCGUCGUUACCGCUCUCCGGCUCGUACCCCAUCCCAGGCCAACAUCAGUCUUCGCCUCCCCCAUCUUAUACACGUCCUCUUCGACCACGACCACGCCCCUUCGGGUUCCAUGCAUCCGUGGCGCGUGCGUGGAAUCAUGUAUCUGCUCACGUAUGUUUGUAGUCUAUCGAUCGCA